CUACCCUCCUCACUAAGUUCAACCUUCAUCUAGUCGCUGACAAAGAAUCUUCACAGCUGAGAAAUAAUCUUCGUUUUACUUAUGUCUGUGAAUUCUCUUCUUUCUCACUCAAGCAGUUGUGUACUUACACCUCGGCACGACGGCGCCCCAUUUACCAAUUUACAUUUUUGAACUUGAUUAUCUAACUACCCAUUGACACAGACAAUAAGAUCACAGUUCGCGGCAUCAAACUAACUACACCUUCACUAUGACCUCCUCUUCCGAAGAAUCUUCCGUGCCAAACCUGUCAGAUUGGCACUCGACCUUCGUCCCCGUGUCUGAUAAGGAACUUGAGCUACCACAGGAGACCAAACUGUUACAAGAGCGGAAAGACGCGGACGACGCGUUUCUGAAGAAACAGAAAGACGAGGAUUGGCAGGAAAGCGAGCGGAAAUUUGACAAGAUGCAAAGUUGUGUUAGCAGCGGCUUGUCCCCAAGAAGUUCUCCGUUUGCUUUCGCCCCGCCGAAGAGGUCGAUCAGCUUGCCAGAGAAGGUUUUGUCAGAGGAAUGGGAAGACGAGGAGGAAGAGGAAGAUGAUGAGGAGGAGCUGAGCGCCGGGGGCGAGGAUAUUUACAACGAUGAGGUGGACGUUCAGCAAGACCUGCGGAACGAAAAAUCUUCUGGUACAACAACAUCCGAGGGUCAAAAUCUCCAAGCCGCAAAGGUUGCUCGUCCACCCUCCUUCCGAAUUUCCCAAACGGCUUGUGACGACGACGAUAUCAGUUUUACGCCGGCAGCGAGUACUAGUACUUCCGCUCAGAAGGGCGCGCGAAACACACGAAAGAUGAACGUGUUCGCCGCACAGCCGUUCACCCCGCUGCAAGGGCAAAACCAGCGAUACGCCUUGAGCCAACGGAAGAUCACGACGGAGUCGAGGCUGUUGCAGCACACCAUGGCCUCGCAACAGCUCGGGACGGCCGAAGUAGAGUUUGCGACCGCGCGAGGACAAAGGGCUUUGAUGCAGAAGCCAAAGAAGAAAAAGCCGCACAAAUCAUUCGAGAUGUUUCUGCGCAAAGCCGAGGAGAAGCUCCUAGUCGACAGCCCGGCGGAUCUGGAUUUUAUGUUGCAAAAUGAGAUGGAGCAGACGUAUAGCAACCGUGGUAACUGUUCGGAGGAUUCCUUUUACACGACCAUGCAGAACGAUAAGCAUCAAGGGCCUUUGUUUGCCGGAUUAGAGGAUCCGGGUCUUUAUGAAGAUUUCGAUCUAGAGAACCCGGACGAUGAUCUGUACUUUCUCGGCGAGAACAUAACCGUCCUGGACGGCGAGUCUUUAGACGGCGAUGUGAAUUUCCAUUUUUACGAGAACGAUCCGGCGACGUCGGACGUGAACAGCGCCGCGGCAGGGAACGAUCAACUCGGGGCUGUUGCAGAGACUAGUGCAUCAAGUCCUGCAGGCGACCAGAACAUCAACGACCAAGUUCUUCAAAACGACCAAUCUGUGCCUUCAAAGCAAGGUCCUCGCAACACGGCUGCCACGGGCGAGAAGAUUGUCAAGAUGAACACGGCUUCCACCGACGACAUGUCGAUUUUUCCGCUUGAUAGUUCCUCCCUCGGAAUCCUCACAAAGAGAAAGUGGAACGCGAUGGGGACGCCGACGGAGAAGAAGAAAGUCUUGACGAAAUCGCAAGCGCGGGUCGGGAAAUCAAUCGAACGGACGAAGCAGUCGAUAUGCAUUGCAAAUAUGUCUGGGGCUGGAAAAAUGCAACGUCUGUCAUGCAUAUUUUGCAUGACCAAUGAUGUCUGUGAUGCAUGCUCUAGCAUCACAGAUUUUGUAAAUGCUUUUUGAUGUUGCCAACACAGCAUGAGUAGUAUCACCCUCUUCGCGUAGCGAGAACUGGACCCCUUUUGCAGUUCACGCAUUGCAGAUUUCAUGUAGAAUGCAAAGACAGCAUCACAAGUUUCAAUCUUCCAGACCCAGACAUAUUUGCAUUUGAUAGUCGAGGGGUCGGGAUUACAUCGAUCCGGAAUUUGAUUUAUCCUCCCUGAAAAAACCCCCGAAGAAAACCAAGCCGAUUCAGAAUCAAAAUUUGCAGAAACGAAACGCGGUCCAGGAGAUCCGGUUCAAGGAAAUGGAGAAGCAGCAACACGCGUUGGCGGACAAGGAUCUGCAGCAAAUGUUAGACGCCCGGACAAACGCCACAGAUUCGUUUUUACAUUGCUUAAGCCGACAUUUGCGCGAAUACACGAAACGAAAGCCGAACAUGGUCAACGCGUGGCGGAAGUAUCUCGACCAGUCUAUCGUAAGGACCAAUCCUUCCUCCCCAUAUUGACAGGGUAAGUCUUCGCAAAUUUGUGUUGCUGAUUUGUUACCACAAAUCGUGCCUGUCUUGCAAGGAGGCAAGUCCACAGUCUCCACCGCAUUACGCAGGCGGUUUGUCAUGCUGUUGGACCUGCAGAAAGGACGUUUUUCGUGGUAAGUGCCUAGGCCAAAACCUGCCUGCUCAGGCUUGGUCUGGGCCUGCAGUCCUCUGCAGCAAGACGCAUCUGAUUCGUCUACGUAAAUCCAGCAUCAGAGACGUCGUUUUGAUAUGGGGAGGGGGGAUUAUUGCCUUUGAUACAGUCCAUGCGGGGGGUCAUCGCCCGGUCGAAGUUUAUGGAACUGUGCCAGGAGAUAUGACAGUGCACAACUCUCCCUCCCCCUCAUUUGUCACGCAAAAUAUCCAAUUCACCCUUUGCCUCUUGGCACUGUUUGCAUGACAAGUUCUGGUAGCCCAAAUAGCACUAUACUCCAGUGCAAAUUUGUUAUGCAAAACCAGCAUCCUUGCUGAUGCCUGUAUUGUCGUUCAUGCUAUACAAAUGAGGGGGAGGAAGAAUUGUGCACUGUCAUAGGAGAUCCAGGCGCCGGCUUCGGCGCAACUCUGGCCCAGCAUGGCCGAGAACAACCGGAUGACGUUGUUGCAUUUCUGCCCGUAUGGAUUGCAAAUAUGUCUGGGUCUGGAAGGUUUGUCAUGCAUAUUUUGGAUGACCCAUGGCGCCUGUAAUGCAUGACCUAGCAUCUGAGAUUUUCAGAGGGCUUCCUCAUGCCUAUUUCGCAUGAGACAUGCCAUUCCAGUGUAUCACGAACUGGACUUCUCUUGCUGGUCAUGCAAUGCAGGUCUUUUUAGCAUCCAAAAACAGCAUCACAAAUUCCAUCCUUCCAGACCCAGCCAUAUUUGCAUUUGAUAGCCCGAACGAGGGGGCGAUGCUAUUCCGGUUGCGGCACUUUUUGGUCAGGUGUUUUGGGUCUCUGUACAACUGGUUCAAAUCCUGUUUACUCAUCAUCCCGGGCAACAACGUCGUUUCGAACGAGUUGUUGGAUAGCUUAUCCCCAUUGCGCAUGUUCUCAAAAGAGUACAAUGCGUCGGGGAAAACGUCCGAAGAGGAGGCUGUUUUGGAAAAAUUACAAAUGCUGGAAGAUAUCGACGAAGACAUUUUAUUCGACUCCACCAUCGCGGGCGAGGGGGAUAAGGAUAACCAGCCAAAUCUGAUUCCCGAGGGUACGAUCGGGUCCCACGUGGCCCAGAACGACGCGAAUUCGUACACACUGUCCGCGUAUCAACGGCAAAUAUGUCUGGGUCUGGAAACUUGUGAUGCUGGGUGGCGUCUCAUGAUGAGGCCACAAGUGCUGGCUCAGCAUGACAAGUUUCUGAGCUUCUAGGUGAUGCCUAUUCUGCAUGACAAACUGCGUUUCUGCAUGACAGAAGAACCAAAAUGGAGCCCCGGCUCUUGGGUACUAACGUGCAUGACAGAUUGAAGAGUCAUGCCAGACAAGCAUGACAAACAUGCAUUCUUCCAGACCCAGACAUUUUUGCACUUGAUACCGCGACGAGCGAUAAGAAAACUUUACUAUCCCAAACGAGGAGGAAGCAGGCUUUUAAAUUCCGCCAAAUGCUCGAAUCCCCGAAGAUGACGCAAAUGGAGUUUGAAGCCUGCUUGGAAGUGUUAGCCUACCCGGAAGAUGCGAAGAAGGCCUGGGAGUUGUUGGUUUACCUAGACCAGGCGGAGUUAAGAGUGGAGGAUCUCGUUUGGCUGGAGUUGAACUGGACGAGAUGGGACGAAUCGAAAAUUAUGGAUAGUUCCCACGGGCAGGGUAGCGGCAUGCAAUUUAACAGCGGGAAGGAGGGGCAGAAAACGUUCACGGAGUCGGUGACCAGUACUUUGACUUCGUUGGACGUGAUCGACAGCGGGAAGCGGUCGUUGGAGAAGAGAAGGUUGCUGGACAAUUUGACAACGCGGAAUCAGUGGACCCGUUUGAAGGUAUCAAAUGUAAAAAUGUCUGGGUCUGGAAGGAUGCAAGGUUUGUCAUGCUUGUCUGGCAUGACAAAAAAGCUUGUGAUGCGUGUCCAAGAAGAGACCCCUUUGCCUGUCGUGCAAAAACGCAGUUUCUCAUGCGAGAAACGCAACACAAAGCAGCGCAGAUAUUUCUCAUGCUUGGCUGUGCAUGACAGAGCAUUCACUAUUCCCAACCGAGCAUUACAAGUUUCCAGACCCGGACAUUUUUGCAAUUUAUAGAAGGCGGUGUGUUUCAACUUGAACGACGGGCCGGAAACCAUGGGGCUGAUGCGACCGCAGGUCGAGGAGCAGUUGCAUUCGAGGGUAUAAUCGAUACUGAUAAAUGAAGAAUGUUUUGAAAUUGAAAUUGAAAUUUUCCAGUUUUCGAUAUGACGCAUAGCAAAUCCAAAUUUCAAUCAUCUCGGUGAUUUUGUCGUGCGAGUUGUUUCACUUUUGAGUCACUUUCUGUGAUGCAAAAACGGCUUGAAUCUUCAUGCAGCGAUCUUUCAAAACAGCUCAACCUUUACCUGGAGCAGUACGGUGGCGAGCAUACCAAGCAGUGCCUCUACGCGCCGGAGAGGUUUUGGGGCCACCAGCUCGGGCGCGCGAAGGAUGGGGGGCGGGCGAAUCUGACCCUGCAGGGCUACAACGCAUCUUCUAAUGCGGGGAGCAACCAGAAAAACGAUAAUAACAACAAUUUUGACAUCACCCACGACCCCCAGACGGGCAAUGUCGUCAUCCAGCAAAACGCGAACCCGCAUUUUCUGAACAAAUUAUCCCCGUUUUUGAAGUUCCAAAAGCUCCACGCUUCUGUCGCGAACUUUAAAACGGUAUUAGUAGCGAGCUCCGUCCAGUCCACCCACGUGCCAUCUGAUACGAACCACUUUUCCGCGAUGAAAAACCAGGCGUUGGAAGUACGGGCGCUGCAGAUCGACGCUUCAUAUCAAAUGUAAAAAUGUCUGGGUCUGGAAGAAUGCGCGAUUUGUCAUGCAGCUUUUCCAUGACCCACGAGGUCUGGAAUGCAGCACCUAGCAUGACAAAUUCUGUGCGAUCUCUCUCAUGCCUAUCCUGCAUGACAAACUCCCUGCCGACUUGUGCAAAACUGGACGACCUUUGGUAAUCCUGCAACACAGAUUUUUGUAUGCUUGAGAUUCAGCAUGACAAGUUGCAUUCUUCCAGACCCAGACAUUUUUACAAUCCAUACUUCAGAAAAGAAACGGGAAGAAUUGAAGCAGAGGUUGAUUUUCAGCUUCCGAUCUUCUUUAACGAAGUUCCAUUUGACCAUUUAUGGUUUGAAAAUUUGGCGGUUCACGAUGGACCCGAUGGACCGGGGCUGUAUUGGGUUGACCACGAUCAUGGCGUUCUGUCGGGAAAUGUCUUGGACGGGGUCGAGGGUGUUGUUGUGGGAGAAACUGUAUGAAUUGCAAAAAUGUCUGUGCCUGGAAGAUUGCAACUUGUCAUGGUAAAUCUGAAGCAUGCAAAAAUCUGUGUUGCAUGAGUGCCAAAAGCUGUCCACUUUUGACCAAGUUGGAACAGAGUUUCUCAUGCAGAAUAGGCAUGGCAGAGACCUCGCAGAGUCUGUCAUGCUAAGUCGCGAAUUCCAGACCUCAUGGGCCAUGGAAAAUCUGCAUGACAAGUCUACGCUCUUCCAGACCCAGACACUUUUGCACUUGAUAAGCUGUCCAACAAGCAACCGGCGAGCGGUUUCAUCGUCGCGGAGGAUUUGUGGCCGAACCAGGUGAAGAGAUUGCGGGUUUUGCGGAAAGAGCUGUUCAAACUGAUGGAAACUUCCAUCCCCUCCAUCGCGGUCGAACACAGUAACCAGUACAACAUCAAAGUCCGGUCUUCUUCGAACAGCAGAAACGGUACUAGUCGUUAUCAGCAGCAGCAAGACGACUUCGCGAAGAACCAGUGCUAUGCAUUGCAAGAGCAUCGUACUCGUAUAAAUGCAUUACAAAUUAGCCGAGCAUUAGAAAUUGAAUUUGUAUUGCUGAUUUACCUUGAGAAAGAGAUUUGUAAUGCAUAAAUGCAAUUACUACGAGUGCGAUACUUUUGCACAGGAUAAAUGCCAUGAAAACGCGAUGGAGAUCUACAACUUGAUGGACCCAAACCAGGCGGGCUACAUCACCCGCGCGAGUUUUUUGGCGUUUGGGAGGAAGUAUCUGCCGUUUUUGGAGAACGAGUUGAUCAAGUUCAUGCGGCAAAUUACCGUCGGGGAACACCAGGUCCGGUUGUUUUUCGAGGACGUGUACUACUUACUGUACGGGAAAUGGAAUAUCACACGGGAAGAAGUGAUGGACGUGAAUUUUAACGUGCCGAUUGGGAUGCCAGACCCGCGGCCGUGGGAGGACCGGUACUGGCGAAAGGAUGUGAUCGAACACGAAGCGAAAUUGAAGCAAAUGUCCGGCGAUAAGCCGAUCGAAUCCGUGCAGGAGUUGGUUCACGAUCCGAAAAUCAGGACCACAACCCAAUGGACGAAGGUCAACGUGGCGAGACUGAAACAACUGGCCUUCGCGGUGAGAAAGGAUGAGGAGGAGCGGGAAUUCUUCAAAAAGCACCCCAACGGCAAGUUGCCAGGGCAACAAAACGAUGAAAAUGAAGACGAAGACGGGAAUACGACGAGUGGAAGACGGCCGUUUAUCAAGGUCGACAUUCGCCCGGAGCAAGAUCCGGAGGGGUACGUCAGACGGUUCGCGGCGCUGAAUUACGACCGAAAAUCUUUAUUCAACCGGGCGAACCAGUGCGGGUUCGCGCCGGGGAGAUUGUCCGCGUUGGCGAAAAGAGCGGCGAUGCGGGAACCUCUGUGGUCGUUGGGGGCCGGGCAGAUGCGGAGAAUGACGUGCAAGCACGUGUUGGAGCAUUCGCUCGCCGCGGCGGCGCAAAAGAAGAACGAUAUGCAUCGCAAAUAUGUCUGGGUCUGGAAGGUGGUAACUUGUGAUGCUGUCUUUGGAUUCCAAAAAAAUCAGUAUUGCAUGACUAGCAAGAGGGGCCCGCUUUGUGUUACACAGGGAGGGCGUUUCUCAUGCGGAAUAAGCAUCAGGAAGGGUUCUAAAAAUCUGUGAUGCUAGGGCGUGCAUUACAGGCGUCAUGGGUCAUGCACGAUAUGCAUGACAAGCACAAGCCUGCCACUCUUCCAGACAUCCAGGGAUAUUUGCAGUUGAUAAACGAGUACCAAUUACGGUACAUGGGGACUUUGGGGAAGUCGCAGUCGGCCGGGAAUUUGGGAAGUGGGUCUCGCGAACAGCCUUCUGGACAGACGAAUUCCACCAGUAAACUCUCCAUCUCCAGUUCGAAACAGUCCCGACUCACCGACCGAUCAAUCGAACACGCCGUUAUCCGCCAGCAGCCGCCGAAAACCAAUUUCUCGCCGACCGAGCGCAAACUCGCGCGGCUCCAGUCCCUUGCGGGGAAGCAGUAUCAAAUGGAAGAAUAUCUGGGUCUGGAAGAAUGCAACUUGUGAUGCUGCAUUAGGAUUCCAAAAAAAUCUGUAUUGCAUGAGUAAGAAAGGGAGUGCAAUUUUUGCUACGUUGAGAAGGCAUAAUUUGUCAUGCGGAAUAGGCAUCUGGAAGCCUUCAAAAAAUCUGUAUUGCUAGGGUAUGCAUCACAGACAUCAUGGCUCAUGGAAAACGUGCAUGACAAAUCUCGCAUUCCGCCAGACCCAGACAUUUUUACAUUUGAUAAGCAGCUGCGGAAGCAGGCCCGGGAGGAGCAGGGCCGGCAGAAGCAGGCCGAACAGCUAUCGAAAGGAAAAAUCCCCCCUCCCCGUAUCGAAAACGAAAUUCGUGAUGCUGUAUUUGAGGUCACAAAUCGAUUUGUAUUGCUAGAAGGCCAAGAGACGCAGUUGUGGCCUGAAUUGCAGGCAAUUUGUCAUGCUGUUUCCAACUUUUAGUUGUUUUCUGUUAUGUUGAAGACGCAAAGGUUUAUUCCCACGCCACCCAGCCCUACAGUCCGCAUCUUUUCCCGUGUAGCAUGACAAAGCUGAUUUGUGACAACAAAUCUGCAUCACAGAUUUCCGUUUUGAUAUGGGGAGGGGGGAUUUUUCCUUUUGAUAACAGCGGGCGCAGGAAAAUCUCGACAACAUGAGCUUUCACGCGAGUUUCCGGGGGUCGAAACUGGUGUUGGUGGAUGACGGGCAGAUGCAGGCGGCCAUGAAGUCGAUGGCUGGUCCCGCUGCUCUUGGGGAGAAUGAGAACGCCGGAACGGCGGGUGUACUAGCCGGCGCGACAGCUGCUGGAAAGAGCAUGAAGCUCCCAGCAGGAGGAGCCGCGCCAGGGGGCCUCGGUCAGAAGAGUAUGAUGAACAGCCCCAACAUGAUGAUGGUAUCUACCGCGGCAAACAACAAUAAAACCACGGGUGCGAUCGAUUUCGACCAGCUGGCGAAGUCCGAUUUCGUCACGGACAGCAACGGCUUUUCCGGAAACGAAAACGCCAUCGUCAUCGAACGGGCGAACGUGAAGUCCACAAAGCAGCAGCAGAAGUCGAAGCAGGCCAACAAGACGAUUCUGAUCCACAAGGUGCAACAGCAGGUGCUGGAUAAAAAACGUUUUUUGGAAUCGGCGAAGCGGGCGAUUCUGGACCGCCAGAAAUUCAUGGAAAAACUCGCGAAAUCUGUGCGGUUCUCCGGGGAAUCUAGUGGUACGAAAACGCCAGGGAGUAAAGACAGUGCUGACAAUGAUCCACUAUUAAAGGAGCACUACAAGGAUCACGACUGGUUUGACGAUCACUCGAGUUCCAUGAAAAAUUUCUACCCCGGCCAGAAACCCCCCUCGAAUUUACUCCCCACCCCGGACUUGAAAACGGGCCACUUGGCGAACCUGCCGGAGACGCUGGGGCUGAAAUCCGCGAUGAAAAAUAAUAAGAAAGGGGGCGGACAACAGGAACAACAGGCCGUGAACAAACAAGGCAAUAAGAAACUGAAGAAAGCCACCGCGGUGGUGACCUCCGCGAACACUUUUCAAUCCUUGCAGGCGAAAACCUAUCCUGUGCAAAAGCAUCGUGCUCGUAUUGCAAUCAUGCAUUACAAAUUUUUUUCUCAAGGUAAAUCCGCACUACAAAUUUUAUUUCUCAUGCUGAGGGAAUUUGUCAUGCAUUUAUACGAGUGCGAUACUUAUGCAUUUCAUAAAACCGUGCGGCCUGGGACGCUCAACCAAGACAGCAGUAGCAACGCGAGCGGGACUAACAUGAAUAAUCUGUCAGCGGAGGUCCGAGCUAUGGAACUCCUCGACGAGUAUGAGAAUUUCUCGGGGAAAACCAUCGGAGAUGCGGGGAAUGGCAGCAUGGAGACGAUCUUGUAUCCUGUGUAAAAACUUUCCCACCCCAGGGUUGUCAUGGAAAUCUGCAUGCUGAAAAUGUUUCUCCAUGCGGAGCUGCACCAUGAGAAGCAUUUUCGAUUCGUGUUUUGGAAUUUGUCAUGCUCCAAUGAGCACGAUAUACUAGAUCUGUGACGCUGCUGAGCUAGCUCAAACAGCACUACACUACGAUUCCAAAUUUGUCAUGCAAAACAGCCGAGACUUGUGGUCUUGUCUAGCCGAGUCCCCAUCUUCUUGACUAUGGGGUGGGGACGUUUUUACAUAGGAUAUCUUGUCCUCCAAUAUAUCGGCGAAUAAAACGUCGCAAAGAAUAGGCGAGCAGACGAAUGAUGUUAACAACUCGGGGGAGGAUUCGUCGGACCAUUUUGGAUUGUAGAGGGUUGAUGAUUUUUUGAAGUAUCCUCGUUCGAUGCAGGGAACUUUGUUCUGUCUGGUCGGGCAGUGUCGGCAGGACACUAGCCUUGUCAAUCCACAUCAUACUGGUGGUUUGUGGCUAUUUCCUCAUCUUCUACAUAUAGUUUUUUAAUCGUACUAAGCUACCCGUGCCAUAAUUGUUUUUUUGCUUUGUGUAACAAAUUCAAUUUUUUAGCUGUUUGCGUUUCAUCUGUCAGUAUCCCUGACAGAAGAAGCUGCCACAGCUCAUUAUGCGUGCAGGUUUCGACACUCUUUUGAUAAUCUUUUGAUGAAAACCCCCCCACGUUUUCGUAUCUAUUGUGCAAAGUUCAUUGUUUUGCCUUUGUCGGAAAAUUCGCAAAUGAGAGUGGCGUAUCAAGUGGUGCUGUGGUGCUGAAAACUCC